UGAAGAAUCUGUUCUAGCUCAGGAGACACGUGUUGCCACUUGCAGUACUGCUACAACUAUGCUCGCUGUUUUCUUGAAGCCCACCCGAAACGAGGAAACUUGAGAGACAAGAACUUGCCCUGUACUAGGUAAACCAGAUACCACCUAUCUAUAAGCUACCUAGGAGGCCCAAGCCAUGUCGCGGCCGGUUUCGGCUUCCCACGAGUCGAAGCAAACCUCUGGGAUUGGAGGAGCACAAGAGCUCAAUUCGGAGAAGAAGCCUGCUCCCAUUGAAGUAAAAAACUAUUCAACGUGCUCUGACACGCUGAAAAUGAUGGACAAGCAAGAACAUGCAUUCAGCGGAGCGGCGGUGCUUCUGCGCAAUAAUGCUCUCGAUUUGAACCUAGCAAAGGAGCAGAAAAAAUUGACUUGCGCUGGAUCUGCUGCAGAGGGACAGCAAACUGAAGCAGAGAUGAAUAACAAGGCUGCGCACAAACAACACUUAAGGCUAGAAUGAACAGUUGUAAAGGAUCAUUCAGGCCACCAACAAGAAAGGAACUUCAUCUCUUUCGAGAUGUUUUUCGGAAAGAAAUAUCCACGAGUACGAUAAUCAUGCUCGUGAAGAUACUGAGUACGUAGGUAGUUUUUACCUGAAGACUGUGGUCGUAGCUCUUGCUCUAAGAGGGAGGGAACAUCUGUCGCUCACCGGUUCCCUCACCCCUGAGCCUGGUAUUUUGCGUACUUUUGCGCGUGUCCUGCAACAGCUCGAGACGCGGUUGGAGACGCUGGAAGACAAUGAGCGAAGCCAUGUUAUCACGAUGCAGGAGCAAAGAUCUCGGCUGAGCAAGCUGAGUGCGGCGUGGACUUUGACAGAGCACACACGCGAUCGUGUUGCCAGUGCGGAAGCCGAAAUCACGGGGUGUAAAUUCCGCGACGAAACUUUGGACACGGAAAUCCGUGCUCUAAGCGAACGAUGCGUAUCAGAAGUGGAGCGUCGCGACGAAGAGCUAGCAAACACACAAAGAGCUUUCUCUUAUGGACAUACGUAGAGCAUGAAGGUUUGAGGAAAAUUGUAUUCCUCGUCUAGUAGAACUUAUCCAGAUCGUCCCUAGUGGGAUUUCCUGAAUUGUAUUAUGCGUUCUUUGAUAUUUUUCCCAACAUCUUUCUCUUUCUGCAUUCUAAGCGUCGCUUCUCGGUGAACGUGUUGCCAAAGCAGAGCAAGAUCUAUCGAAGUUGGCCGCUGCCUUGACGACCAGCGCCGAAAUGUGGGAUGAGCGGUGUGUCACUCUCAACGAGCAAGUUGGGAACGAACUGCGAAAGUUUGAGCAUCGCCAACUUCGCCUCGAAGACGACGUGUUCCGAUUGGAAAACUCAAUACUUCAGAGCAAAUUAGAAACAAAAGGCUGGGCUACCCGCAUUCAAGCCAUUGAGGACAAAAUUGAGCAGGUCCACGAAAUUUGCAUACUUAAACAUGAUUGAUGAUAUUAAGCAUGUAGAACUAAAGGUUCAAUUUCAUCAAUUAGUCAAUCUGUCAUAACUUGGCUUGUGGUCCUAGAAGUUCAUUAAGAUGUUCAAUAAUAGUCAGACUUCAAUAAAACAAUUACUACGAACAAUUCAUUUCCUUACAUGAUCCUCCCGAAAAAUUCCACGUAUCCACCCAGAUCGACACAGGCAAGGCCUCGGAGAGUGAUCUUGCGGUGAAGGAGCGGCGACUAGCCGACGCCAUUCGGGAGACAACACAGCGGCAGGCUGUCCUCGAGGUGCAACAGAAUCUAUUAGUGGAGGAUGCUCGCCUUCUCAUUAAAGAGACUGCGGAUUUCGUCGCAGAUAGUCACGAGAAAUUCAAACAGGACUUUGGACAGAAAUGGUCAGGCAUCGAGGCAAGCAAGCACGCCACAGUAGCACGCAUGGAAGCAACUGAACGGCAGGUCGGCAGUUUCAGCUAUGGCCAUGAGCAUGACUUCAGUUCAUCUAGGCAUAUUUCGCGCUCUACCGCCAAUGCAUAGAAAGACUGAAGCUAUAGUAUAAUAUCGCCUUAUUCUGAUGAGUAACUUCUGCUUCUUUGGCUUUCACAAGAAUUCUGUCAGGCAUUUUUUUACAAACGUUGGGUACAACAUCUAUCUAUGGCCACUCGUUCCACUCAAGCAAAUAUGACUUUACCUUGCAGCUGCUCUAGGACUUCAUGAUGCACUGCGUGUAUGUUUCAUGGUUAAACGGAAGUGGAGCAGAUUUGUGCGGAGUCUGUAGAGGAGUGUCGUGCCAUGGUAACGGAAAUGCUAGCUGAGCUUUCAGUGGUGGAGCAGAAGCGACUGCGGGAUCGCCAACAUUUCGAGAAAAAGGUUGUAGAGGAGCACAAUCGGACUACGAACGUAGUUACCCGGGCUAUCGAACAGCGUGGAUUGGGAUUGGCUGGUGGAGGUCUGAAUACUUCCAGCAGCACAUCAGGACUAGGGGAACGAGGAGAACAGCAGUCCUCGGCUGGAAUUGCACUCGAAAAGGGAAGUAUUAGUCCGAGGGGGGGCGAAGCAAACAGGACGACACAUUUGCCUAUAACCACAGCAAACGGUGGAUCAACAUCGAGUCCUCCACCACGUUCUCCUGCUGGCGCUGGCAGCGUGAUUCUGCAGAAGGAUGAAAUGCCCUUCAUGUUGUCCCAUCAACAGACCGAGCCAGAAAAUGGGAUAACAGUAACACACUCCCCGACUCGAAACUCCUUGAACAAGUGGGUAAGUCCCAAAACUGGCGCAGGCAAUGUAGGAUCUUCCCAUAGAGAGACGCAGCAAAUCGUUGGUGAGUUGAACAAUCAAAAGAACGGACGCAUUACCGGACGAAGUAGGAUGAUCUUUGACGGGUAUCUGGACUUGGGCCGCAGUCCGGGUAAGGCUAGUAGAGCAACAGGCGUCGCGCGAAAGGCCACGUCAUUGGGUAAAAAGAGUUUCUUUUCAGAAGAUCCUACUACGGUAUCAGAUACAUUCAGUUUACUGCCAGGUGGUGCUUCUAGGACAAAUGAUGAGGGGAGCAGGAUGACAGCUUUGUCAUCAUCAGCGUUGCCAGAAGACUCAACAUCCUCUCCCUCUCCGUUAUUUUCGCCCGCUCGCGGUCCAAUCCUGCAAAGUCGCACGACGACAGUUGGUCAACUUAACAGUGCGGCUUCUUUUUCAUCAGCUUCGGCGAGUCCGAGAAAGACCGAACAGGGUUUUGCGGGUACUACCAUAGGUCGUGAAUUGUCGAAAGAAAACGGCUUAAGUAACAUGUCGAUGUCAGUCAUGCCGUCAGUCGUCUACACACAAAGUCUUGCGCAGAGAGCAGGGCGAAUGACCAAGAAGAUGCUCAUGAACGAAAGUACUCGAAGACUCGAACGAGAAGUUCUCCAAAAGUUUGGUGCAAGUAAAACAGUAGUUUUGGAUAACUAGUAGUUGUCCACCGCUUUUUGCAAAGGUCAAUCGUUUUUUUUUAAACGACCUAUGAAAAGACAAAUACAUGUGGGUCAAUUUCAGAUUUUGAGUGGUCCAUCAAGUAUACUCUGGAUGUUGAAAGGUGGAUGGUAAUUUUUACUUUGUGAACAUGAACAAGAUGAUGCAAGUGCAACAGAUGAACAUGAAUAAGUGCACCUUUUCAUCUUAUGCUCCCUGACUCUUGCAACACUCUCGUACAAGAUACUGUGUCUUCGUCAAAACGUGCCAGCAUUUUCGCUAACAGUACGC